AUGUUUAACGAUCAAAAAGUAUUAGUAGAUAUUUAUAUUCCAAGAAAGUGCUCAGCCACUUCUCGAUUAAUCCCAGCAAAAGAACAUGGAGCAGUUCAAAUAAAUGUUGGAAUGGUUGAUAAAAACGGAGUAUAUACUGGGGAAAAUGAAACAUUUGCAAUUUCUGGUUAUGUAAGGCAAAGAGGAGAAUCUGAUGCAUGUUUAAACAGAUUAUUACAUGAUAAAAAAAUGUUGUCCUUUUCAAAUUAA